GGUUUUCUCGACAAGCAUUACAUCGGCCGGCUCGAGCUCGACGGUUCUCCUGUCGAUUUCCGCCACCAUGGCCACCGAGUUUAUCGGCAAGCGGAUCAGCUUGAUUUCCAAGCGUCAAAUUCGCUAUGAGGGUAUUCUUACCGACAUCUUUAUGGAGGAUGCUACCAUGACGCUGUCGCAAGUCCGCUGUCAUGGUACUGAAGAUCGCCCGACGGACCGCCCGUCACCCGCGCGAACUGAAGUAUGGGAUAGCAUCCUAUUCAAGGGAGAUGAUAUCGACGACCUUGUCGUCCAUGAAGAUGCCCCGGCCGACCCGGCACCAGCUGCUGCAGUGACUCAGGCUGCUGCGCCCGCACCGCAAGCAUCCGAGGCGGCAGCGCCUGCUCAACCCACUGUGCCUCAGACCGUCUCGGCUCCUAGCCAGGCUCAGGGCUCGGCGGCACCCAUGCCCGCCAGUUUGCCCCACCCCCCCGCGCGCACCGAACAGCCGCCGGCCUUUAAUCCGACGGGAGUUCGUGGCGGUCGGAAUAUUCAGGGCGUCGUCGUGUCCUCCCAGGGAUAUGAUGCAGGUUACGGGGCACAGCAACAGCAAUAUCAGCACGCACAGCAGUCCCAGCAAGCAAAUCAGCCUCAGCAGCAGCAGCAACACCAGCCCUACCGACAGCCAUACCAAGAGCGCGGUCGUGGCCGAGGUGGUCGUGGUCGCGGCGGGCGUGGUCGCGGCGGUCGCGGCGGUGCUUACAAUGCACCCCACGCGCAUGUUCCCGAGCUGACGGAAGAGCACAUUCGUGAGGAGUUUGACAUUGAGGCCAACAACAGUCGCUUUGAGCACGACGUGGCUGAGGAACUGGGUGAUCUCAGUCUCAACCGUACGUACUGCCCUGACUUGACUUUUCAUUCCCUCUCAAAGCAUUUGUGGGGAAGCAAGAAUGUGUGUGUGUGUGUGUGUGUGUGUGUGUGUGUGUGUGUGUGUGUGUGUGUGUGUGUGUGUGCGCUUGACUCACGCGUUUUUGACGACUCGCUGAACGACUUGCCCAAACCAUGGCUUGGCGGUUCUGUGGCGUCCGACUGCAUCGGUGUAGCCUACAACAAGGAUGACUUUUUCGACAACUUGAGCCGAACGGAGGAGCAUGAUCGCUCAACUUAUCGCCAAGAGCGCGAGCUGAACGGCGAAACCUUUGGUGCAGAGGGCUAUCGCUUCCGGUCGGGUGGUCGCGGUCGUGGUCGCGGUCGUGGUCGCGGUCGCGGUCGUGGUCGUGGUCGUGGCAACGGUCGUGGCAACGGUCGUGGACGUGGUCGGAAUUAUGCGCGCGAUGGCCAACAAGCUUCGGCUCCUCAGGGCGAUCAGAGCUCAUCAGAACUCUGGGUCGGGGUUUUCGUGGUCGCUGGGUGUGCUGGUCGUCUCAAUGAUCUUGGUCCAAACGCCAAGCACCUGCUUGCGCUUGAUAAUCGAGUCAAGAGAGCCCCACAAAGUGUGUAUCAACCAGAAAGAAAGAGAAGGAAAACCUUUUGUAAGCACUGUGUGGAGAGAGAGAGAGAGAGAGAGAGAGAGAGAGAGAGAGAGAGAGAGACUUCAAGAGAGAGAGAGAGAGAGAGACUUCAAGAGAGAGAGAGAGAGAGAGAGAGAGAGAGAGAGAGAGCGAGAGACAGAGAGAGAGAGUCAUGCAGUUGCUCGUUUGUGUGGAUCGGCGGCAUGGCGGGUGACGGCCUCUGGCUGCUUUUGGCGUGCACCGCGCUGCUCAUGGCUAGCGCCGGUGGUCAGGCCAUGGAGGCGUCGGUGUCGGCCCCCACGGGCUGCACAGGGUACGUCCAGGAGCUCAACCGGCUCUUGGGUAACUGCGUGUUUCCCAAUGGGACCGAGGCCCUGGACUUUGUCUGCGAGUGCGUGGAUGCUGCCAAGCACCGCGAUCAGAGUCGAAUUGAGGUCGAGCUCGAGCCGACCAAGACGGCAAGCGACACCUAUGCUUAUUUUGUCAACGUGCAAACCGACCUGCCCAGCAUCAAUGAGACCAAUCCGCGCCUCGCGGGCAGCCUCGUCAAUAGCACGGUUCUGAACACCACCCGCCUCGUGGCUGCCGUCACGAGCCUCUCGCAAGCCGUGUCGGUGGACCUGGAUUUGGGGAUCAAUGCUUCAAACCCCCAUGGCCUUACUUCGGGCGUAGUCCAGAUCAUGCCCUGCCACAUUUUGGUGCUCUUGACGAGUCAAGGCAAUACCCCCGACUACACCUCGCCCAAUGUCACCAUCCCCGUGACCAUGCUGCUUCCUGAUGCCAUGAGCGUCAAUCUGCGCAGCCCCAUCGUGGCUGACGUGUACGGAAAAUCCUUUUCUGAAACCGAGUUUCGACGCGUAGCGACGGGUUCCCCCUUGCCCUACACCAACGCCGAUAUGCUGCCUCUGACCCUGCCCCGUCAAUGCGAGGGCUACCAGAUUAAGACACGCCUGAGGAUGGCUGGCAGCGACCUCACCUGUCCGACCGAGUCCAGCGUCGCAUUGGCCUUUGCGCGAUACCCUCCACCCCCGGUCAAUCUUACCUCUGCCUCCUUUCAAGGCACUAACAUCUCGCUGAACUGGGUGCCGCCGGUCCACGAUGGUGGCUGCGCGCUGGCGUCCUUCACCGUUGUUUUGACCGACUCUAGUGGUACCGUCGUGCUGAACACGAGUGUGGAUGCCUCCAACUCUACUCUGGAGCAGCUUUAUCUCGACGGAUCAGGCAUGGACACGGCUACAUUGCGUAGCCUGCAGGUUUGCGUCUCGGCCUGGUCUGCGGCCGGCGCGAGCGAUCAAGCCUGUACUUGGUUGGACGAGCACCAUGGUCCAAAGAAGCACUUUGUGCUGAGCGCCAACGCCAAGCUGGGUCUCUUAGUGGCUGGCGUUGUCGUUCUUGUAGUUGCGGCCGCCAUUUUUGUCCAGGUGUCGUGCCGCAAGAAAAAGGCAUACACUCGUCUCCAGUAA